CGCACGGGCUCGGCGGCGGCGCAGCGGGGGGAUUGUUUGCGCCGCCGCUCGGGGAAGCGGAACGCGGGGAUCGGUCCCCGCCGCGCCCCCUCUUCGUCGUCGACCUCCUCCUCCACCUCUUCGUCCUCAUCGUCCUCCCCGCGCCCCGCCGCCGCCGGCCCCGUUCCCCCUCAAGGCCCCAGCCCCGCAGCCAAUAUUCCCGAGAUCAAGCGCUACGCGGCGGCGGCGGGGCCGGCGACGGGGCCCGGGGCGGUCGGCGGGGCCGGGGGGGACCGCAGCGAGGCCGCCGCCGCCGCCAUGGAGGCGCUGGGACCCGGGCCCCCAGCAAGCCUUUUCCAGCCACCCCGCCGCCCGGGCCUGGGAACUGUUGGGAAACCCAUCCGCCUCCUUGCCAAUCACUUUCAGGUUCAGAUCCCCAAGAUUGAUGUUUAUCACUAUGAUGUAGACAUCAAACCAGAAAAACGGCCCCGAAGAGUCAACAGAGAGGUGGUGGAUACCAUGGUGAGACACUUCAAGAUGCAGAUAUUUGGUGAUCGGCAGCCUGGGUACGAUGGGAAGCGCAACAUGUACACGGCUCACCCCUUACCCAUCGGCCGGGACAGAGUGGAUAUGGAAGUGACGCUCCCAGGAGAGGGCAAGGACCAGACGUUUAAAGUCUCCAUUCAAUGGGUGUCAGUGGUCAGCCUUCAGCUGCUGCUGGAAGCUCUGGCUGGGCACUUGAAUGAAGUUCCUGAAGAUUCUGUGCAGGCUCUUGAUGUGAUCACUCGGCACCUUCCCUCCAUGAGGUACACUCCUGUGGGUCGCUCCUUCUUCUCCCCCCCUGAAGGUUAUUAUCACCCCCUGGGAGGUGGCAGAGAGGUCUGGUUUGGUUUCCACCAGUCAGUCAGGCCUGCCAUGUGGAACAUGAUGCUCAACAUCGAUGUGUCAGCAACUGCUUUCUAUCGUGCUCAGCCUAUCAUUGAGUUCAUGUGCGAGGUGUUGGACAUUCAGAACAUCAAUGAACAGACCAAGCCUCUUACAGACUCCCAGCGUGUCAAGUUUACCAAAGAAAUCAGAGGUCUAAAAGUGGAGGUUACCCACUGUGGGCAGAUGAAGAGGAAGUACCGUGUGUGUAACGUGACCCGGCGGCCGGCCAGCCACCAGACGUUUCCUCUGCAGCUGGAAAAUGGGCAGGCUAUGGAGUGCACAGUAGCUCAGUAUUUUAAGCAGAAGUACAGUCUGCAACUAAAAUAUCCUCACCUUCCUUGUCUCCAAGUAGGACAGGAACAGAAACACACAUACUUACCACUCGAGGUGUGCAACAUCGUGGCAGGCCAGAGGUGCAUCAAGAAGCUCACAGACAAUCAGACCUCCACCAUGAUCAAAGCAACUGCAAGGUCUGCUCCAGACCGACAAGAGGAGAUCAGCAGACUCGUGAAAAGUAACAGCAUGGUUGGUGGGCCAGAUCCCUAUCUGAAGGAGUUUGGCAUCGUUGUCCAUAAUGAAAUGACAGAGCUGACAGGCAGAGUUUUGCCAGCACCGAUGCUGCAGUAUGGAGGCAGGAACAAGACUGUGGCCACACCAAACCAAGGUGUGUGGGACAUGAGAGGGAAGCAAUUCUAUGCUGGCAUUGAGAUUAAAGUUUGGGCUGUUGCCUGUUUUGCUCCUCAAAAACAGUGCAGGGAAGACUUGCUGAAGAGCUUCACAGACCAGCUGCGCAAGAUCUCCAAGGAUGCUGGGAUGCCCAUCCAAGGCCAGCCCUGCUUCUGCAAAUAUGCCCAGGGAGCAGACAGUGUGGAGCCCAUGUUCAAACACCUAAAACUGACCUACGUGGGGCUGCAGCUGAUCGUGGUGAUCCUGCCUGGAAAGACGCCCGUGUACGCUGAAGUGAAGCGGGUUGGUGACACUCUCCUAGGAAUGGCCACUCAGUGUGUGCAGGUAAAGAACGUGGUAAAAACCUCACCACAAACACUCUCCAACCUGUGUCUGAAGAUAAAUGCAAAACUUGGAGGAAUCAACAACGUGCUUGUACCUCAUCAAAGGCCAUCAGUGUUCCAGCAGCCAGUGAUCUUUCUGGGAGCAGAUGUCACUCACCCUCCUGCUGGGGAUGGGAAGAAGCCGUCGAUAGCGGCAGUGGUGGGCAGCAUGGACGGGCAUCCCAGCCGCUACUGCGCUACUGUGCGCGUCCAGACCUCCCGCCAGGAGACCUCCCAGGAGCUGCUCUACAGCCAGGAGGUCAUACAGGACCUCACCAACAUGGUGCGAGAGCUGUUGAUCCAGUUCUACAAAUCUACUCGUUUCAAGCCCACCAGGAUCAUUUACUACAGAGGGGGGGUGUCAGAGGGACAGAUGAAGCAGGUAGCUUGGCCAGAGCUGAUAGCGAUCCGGAAGGCCUGCAUUAGUUUGGAAGAAGAUUAUAGACCAGGAAUAACCUACAUUGUUGUACAGAAAAGGCACCACACCAGGCUGUUCUGUGCUGACAAAACUGAAAGGGUGGGUAAGAGUGGCAAUGUACCAGCAGGCACUACAGUGGACAGCACGAUCACACAUCCUUCUGAAUUUGACUUUUACCUCUGUAGCCAUGCAGGAAUUCAGGGAACCAGCCGGCCUUCCCACUACCAGGUCCUGUGGGAUGACAACUGCUUCACUGCGGACGAGCUGCAGCUGCUGACCUACCAGCUGUGUCACACCUACGUCCGCUGCACGCGCUCGGUCUCCAUUCCAGCUCCUGCCUACUAUGCCAGGCUGGUAGCAUUUAGGGCCAGAUACCACCUUGUGGACAAGGAUCAUGACAGCGCUGAAGGCAGCCACGUGUCGGGACAGAGCAAUGGCCGCGAUCCUCAAGCCCUGGCAAAGGCGGUGCAGAUCCACCAUGAUACUCAGCACACCAUGUAUUUUGCUUGAGGGCUUUUUGGAAGAUGAGGCAAAACCACCAACCCGUGCAGUCCUGAAAUGCUUUUGAACACCUACAGCUCCAACAAGGUGGCCUGGUUGAUUUCAGACUGCCCACUACCAGCAGCUCUGAACCGUCGCACUGAAUCUGUCCAUCGCAGCAACGUCUGAUGCACCAACGCGAUUGAGCCAUUCGUUUCAUUGUUUUUUUCUGUACUAGAAAUUCAUAGACUUGUCUUUUUCUGAUGCAUUGGACUGAAUUUUUACCUAAAAAAAAAAAAAAAAAAAGGAAAGAUAAAAAAAAAAAAAAAGGCAAAAGGUUUGAUCAUGCUGAAAUUUUUCAAGGAACUUGGCACGAAAGGUUUCUAGUUGAACAUUUUGCUGUCUUUUUUAAGUUCUCUUCUCAUCCCUUGAAGCCUGAUUGUGAUGACUGCUCCCCGUCUCCGUGCACUGCUUAGUGAGUACCUGCUUGGUGGCAGAAAUGGUUUACUCCACUUUAAAAACGUUCUAUUGUGUGGGGCCAUAGGUUUUUUUAAUGGAGAUUUUAGACUUCACUACUGUAAAUGCCUUUUAACCAACGGUAACUUUCACAGGUAUUGCAGGUUUAGUUUUGGGGGGUUUUGUUUUGGUCCUUUUUUUUUGGUUGGUUGGUUUUCUUGUUGGAUUUUUGUUGGUUUGUUUUUUUUUCUUUCCUCCUAAUUAAUCUUUUUAAUCUCUGCAGACUUGGGCUGCAUAAAAAAAAGCAAUUGCACUAUAAUGCGAGUUCAAAUAGAGGUGGUUCUUGUCCUGUGAAUGUGUAAUAUAAGCAGAUAGCGAUGCCUGUCGGUAGGUUUUUAAUUGCAGUGGUUACAAAUAAUAACUGCCAUGGUAUCUUAACAAGUUACUGAACCAUCGUUUUCCCCCCUUCUAAAAUAAUAAUAAAAAAGAUAAAAAAGGACAAAAAAAAAAAUUUAGCUUUUAGGUAUUUUGCAGACUUUUACAAGAAAAAAAAAAAAAAGAAGUGCCCACUUUAUGCUGCUGUGUGGUUUGAUAAAUCAAAGUGAUUUUAAAACUUUUUUGUCAUAGAAGGUUUAACUUUUGGCAAUAAAUAUUUUGAUUUUUUUUUAUUUUUAAGCCUCCCCUGCCCCUUCCCUCCCUCCCCUUUCUCUCUCUCCACACCCAACAAUGUAAUUUUCUAGCUGAGGAUUGUGCAUGAGUUUAACCAAACCAAUGUUCUCGGGUUGGUUUUUUUUUUUUUGGAACAGACAAUUUGGGCAGUUUCUGAAACUUCAUUAGGAAAGACACACUUCCAUGCUUUUUUUAAGGGUUAUUUUUAACUGUUUUAUAUUUCACUGUUGGUGUCCUGUCUUAAAGACAUUUUUUAUAAGCUUGGAAAUUGGGUGUUAUGUGUAGGGAAGGUUUGCCAAUCUGUACAGUCUAAAUGUAUUGUGUGACAGGCAACCUAAGGACUUGCUACCAGCAUUUUAACCCCUUCUCUUUUUGGUUUUCUCCUUUUUCUCCUCCCACCUCCUCCGUGGGAAUCUGGGUUGCCCACACAACUGCAUCCAACAGCAUGUUUAACCCAUGUGAGUCCCAUGUACUGAUUCUAUCCCAGCCUAGAAAUUAGGGAUUGUUUUAAAUCUGCUUGGCUGCUUUUAUUUUGGUUUGUUUUUUCAGCUGCAAUGUGUAAUCAAGAACAGGGGCCUGGUUUCACUUGAAUACCCUUGGAAUCCAUGAGCGUAGUACCUUGAGAGUAGAUUCCUCUUAGUGUUUAACCUGAGUUAGGACAGAUUAAAAGCUUGUUCCUCCCCUGAGUAGAGCCAACAUCACUGCUUUGAUAACAGGAGUUUGAGAAGUCCAACGAUUGCACUGUGGUCUCUAACACUCGUGUGGGGUUUGCUGCUAAGUCGUCUGCUGUUCCAAAGCUUGGGAACCAGCCCCCUCCAAAUGUCAGCAAUAGGAAAUGCUGUUUCCUUCAGUCUUUAAGCUUGUAAAUAAAUGAAAGUUUACAUUUCUCAAUGCUGGUUUUUUUGUUUGGGGUUGGUUUGUUGGUUGUUGUUUUUUUUUUUCAGUCGUACCUAAGUACACUGAACUUAGUCUUCAAAAAGUUUUAGAACCUUCUUUUGAGUAGUAAAUUAAGUUUUAAACUUUUCUUUGUUUCAUUUCUGUUGAAAAUGGGACUGAAGCGAACUCUGUUCCUGGCACAUCCUGUGCACAGGUUUAGUUAAAAAUAAUUCUUUUUAGGUUUGGUUGCUUUGGGGGUUUGUUUUUUUGGUGGUUGUGGUGGUGGUGUUUUUUUUUUUUUAAAGAAUACCUCACUUGUGUAAUAAAAUCAGGACAUGUGGGUGGGAGACUGACCGCUGCUUCAGCUAGAUGGCUGCUUUCCUCAGUACUCGUUCAGGGAGAAUACAAAAGAAAAACCCCUUUUUAAGAAUGAACUCUGACUGACCCAACACACGUGGAGAACUUUGGCACCUUGAAAAGAAACUGCACCCACCUUAGGUGGUAGGAUCCAAGAUCGCUAUGUUGAGUUUGUGCACUAGGCAAGAAUGUGGCUGGUUUAAUCAAGAGUGCAUUUCAUCACCGGUUAGCUGUCCAGUGCCAAGCACUCCUAGUUCAGAUUGAGUGAAGUGAGAGCCUCUCCUCUGUUUGCCUGUGACUGGACUGAAUAUUUAACCCUAGGUUGUCAGCCCUCGGCUGACCCCAGGCCAUGGGGUGGGUAUCUGAACUCACCCUUGCUUAAAGGGUGCAGUGCUAGCACUUGGGGAGAAGAGCUCUCAAGUCCAGGACCAUUGUGUGGCAGUCAUGGCAAGAUCAAGGUCCUGGCAGCGCUGUCCCAUGCAGCUCUGAGGCUGGAGAUUGGGCUUGCCCGCCUGGACUAACCCCUUGGGCCUGGCUGAAUCGUUAUGCAUGUGUCAAUCAAUGGGAAGAUGUGCAUUCUGUAGCUGUAGUUCUUAGGGUGUUUUGUUUUGGGGUUUGGGUUUUGUUUCGUUUUGUUUUGUUAUUUUUUUAAUAAAUAAAGCCUGUUGGCCACUGUUUAGCUGUGUGGUGUGAAAGAUUUAAAUGUAGCAAAGUUUAAAGAGUUGGGGAAGGGAGUGGUUGAUUAAAAAGGGCAGAAAUGCCCUUUUCAUUGCAGUUCUGCUCACUCAGUGAACAGCUGACUCUGACCCAGCUCUAGUGGCAGUCCUGGUGAGUCCAUCUCAAACACUGGAGCAGCCUGGCUUAGGUGUUGUGAGUGCCACCACGCAGGGCCGUGCCUGUGGCCACAUCCAGAGGUCUGCUGCACUCAGGCUCUGCCCCAGGGCCAGGGAAGGGCAUCUCUGUUCAGAGCCAAUUUGACAGAACCAACACACACACACCCCUCCAUCCCCAAACUACCUUCGUGGAUGUGCUGUAGGAUUUUUCUUGCUCAAUAGCAAGGGAGUAGCUCUGCUUUCAUUUUAGGAAGGCAGGGUUGGGAGGGCAUUGUAUCAAUACUGUUCAACUACAAGGUUUUUUCCUUGUGCAUUGGAGGAAAGAUCUUGUGAAUAUCACUUGGAGACUUUCUUAGUCCUUGCUAUUGACAUUUUCAUAUUUCUAUGUCUUAGAGGCUGAAAAUUUUCAGUGUAAGAUGUUUGCAUUUGUUCAUUUUUUGACUUCUGAUGUAAUUUUUUUUUUCUGGGGGUGGGGAGAGGGUGGGGUUGUUUGUUUCUAUAUUGUUAGACUUGUAAUGUUUCCAACUGUAUUUUAUUCACUUGGGACUGGAUGUAUGUCUAUAGCAAUACGAGGUACUCUUUCUAUUCUGGCUGGGUUAGCAGCCCCAUGUUGCAGUAAGAUGCUGGUCGUGUACAACUUGCAAUGUAUUUUAUUCUUUUAUUAUUAUUAUUAUUUUCUGUUUUCUUUUAUCUCUUUUUUUUUUUUUUAGCCUGCAGGGAUAUUUUGUGUUCAUGUGUCCAAAAAAAAAAAAAAUAAUAAUAAUUAAAAAAAAAAAGAAUUGGCAUUCUUGUGCCAAAUGUUCUGGUUUUUUCCUUGUUGAUGUCGAAUAAAUGCAAUGUACAGAGUGAGCAACUGAUAACUGCUGCCUGUAAACAAAUGUCUUAAAUUAUUUAACUUUUAAUUAAAACUUGUACACCAUGUGUAACCUGUGGAA